CAUCGUGCUACCGUAGCUCGAGUUUUAGUAGCACCACCUAAAUAUCACCGACGACACUGGCCGAACUCGAGCUGCAAAACGACAAAAUCAAUUGAAGGAAAAGAACCGAAUCAAUUAAACAAAUCUCUCUUAUUCGCCGACGCUCGUCGCCGCGCGUGAUAGUCUCGCCCAACAUGUGGAUCCGCCCAGCUAAGAUGCUGGCGACGGCAAUGCGCGCCGGCGCGCUCGCCUCGGGCAGCCGCGUGGUCCUCGGGGCCAACGUCGCCGCCAGCCGCCUCGUCCUCGCAGCCCGCCCCAUGGCGACGGCCGCGGCGAAGAAGUCCACCGCCAGCACGGGCGCAUCAGCAGCCAAAAAGGCAGCACCAAAGAAGAAGGCCACCACCGCGGCCAAGCCCAAAACGACAAAGGCCAAGGCGGUGAAGAAGAGCGUCGACAAGCCCCAGAAAUCGGAGGAGGCGAUAAAGGCCGAGAAGCUGGCUGCGAAGAAGAAGGAUCUGAUCGCGGAGAAGAAGAGACUGCUGGAAGUGGCCCUCUUACCCGAGCCGGCAACUGAGCCGAUCCGAGCGGCUCGGUUGUACAUCAAGGAGGCUUUCGCUGAGGCUAGGUCGAAUCUGGUAGUCUUGCCAAAACUCGCGCAAUGCGUUGCUGAGUUCAAAGAGCUUUCUCCAGCAGAGCUCCAGGAAUACGAAGAGAGAGCGGCCAAGAACGAGAUCGCCAACAAAGCUGCCUACCAGGCUUGGGUUGAAUCGCACACGCCCGCCCAGAUCAAUGAGGCUAACAAGGCCCGCACUCGCCUCUCUCGCGUGUUCAACGUAAAGCGUGUCGGGAAAUCAGUGGUUGCCAAGAAAAUCAAAGACGACCGUAUACCUUCCGCCCCUCUGUCGGCUUAUCUGAUAUUUGUGCAGAACAAAAUGAAACAAGCUGGAUUUUCAUCAGAAACGAACUCCGGCAAGCUAAAGGCCAGUCAUGUCAUGUCUGGGGUGGCUGCCGAAUGGAGGAGCUUAUCGGACACUGAACGCAAGGUCUACGAGGACCUCUCCAUCGCCGACAAGGCCAGGUAUGAGAAGGCCAUGCAGGAACUCAACAUGUCUUAAACUUGUUCACCUCGGCCCAUAUUCCAGAAGCCGGCCCAUGAAACAUAUUUCAGGGCCGCAGUCAGUCGGAACUUUCUGUCAGGCACUGAUGUUUUAUUUUUGUUCUUUUUCUUCUUUUUUCUUGUCCUUCUGUGUCAACCCCAAAGUUAGUAACCCAACCCAGUGGGUACUAAGGGAGCGCAAGCAAGAUUCCCCCUUUUCGUUGGUUGUGUUGUUACUGUAACUAUCGAGAGAUUUUCCAGGCCUACGGUUUCCUUGUACUUUGUCCGAUGUACAUUAAAGGCGGGAUAUAUUGCAAUUGUUGCGAGUAGUAUGACUACUUUUCUUAACGGCAUGUUUGUCUGGCAGCGUGCAUGUUGAGAGAUUUCUGUUAAGUGAAGAUCAUGAACAUGUACAGUCAUCAGAAGCGAAAUGAUCUGCUUUGUCAUGAGUAGGAAGAGCAUCUUCCUUCAGACCGUUUUUAAGAAAUAGAAAAGAAGGGUAUCUUUUAAAAGUCAUAGAAGGCCUUUUCUCCCCAACCCAUGGUUUCCAAGCAAAAGCUACCCCCGAUUUGCGCCUCUAUCCUGAAUAAAUAACAGUUUAAAGGAAAUUCAAAUAAAUGACAAAACCACGUAGCAUCCUGCAAAGGCAAAGAGUCCUAGUCCGGCUCAAAACCACACAAGCAAACCCAUCGUGACCACCCACACCUUCAUCUACCCUUGAUCGCCGGAACAAAAAGCAGGCCGCCCCUGCGCGCAGAGGUCCAAGUGCAGUCGAGGUCGUAUAUCCUCCGCUCGCUGGCCAUGUAGAGCAGCAGGUACAUGUGGCCUGCUAGGUGCCCGUAGCAGAACAACUUUAUCCUGUGCGUCGCCGCCGAGCCCCUCAUGAGCGAGACGCCCCAUCCUGCAUUGCCGGCGUGGACGUAUCUGGCCAGGUACUCCCACGCAGCCAGCCGGCGAUCCCCUAGUUCAUUACAGUCUAGAAUCCACCAGCCACGCUCGAAUGGGUCCGGCAUUUGCUCCUGCAUUAGCUGCAGCCGGGCAGAGUACCGCUUGGCCUUGCCCAGGUCACUUUGCAGCUUCCGCAGCUGUGGGGUAAGCAGGUCAUCUGGCGUAAUGUGACGGAUGGAGACGGGCGGCUCUGGUCCAAAAACUUCAAGUGCCUCGAGCAGAUGGGCGUGUGGCAGUUCUUCUAUAAACUUGUGACUUUCCAACUGCUGCCCAAAGUCGCUAACGCUUCUUCCCACGGCUUUGGGGGUCUGGCGUGGCGUUCCCUUUAAGCUUUUGUUAGGAGGCGGCUCUGAUUCGGCGCGGUCGGAGCAGGUGAUGACGGAACCGAAGCUGGCAUCCAAAUCCUUGGUGUACCG